GGGUUUCAUCUAUUGGGGUUUAAUGCAACUGCUCUCUCGCAUGAAUGAUGAAAUCGAUUCUUCACUGACUUCUCUCUACCCCUGCGAAUGGAUUCCACUGAUGACGAUUUUGGCGAGCUGUACGUUGACGACAAGGCUCACGCGACUGCUUCCCUCGCCGGCGAUGACGUAUGCGAGAACAAGGGUUUUGAAGUGACAGUAGAACCCGAAUCGGAAGGCGAAGCGAAGAAACUCGACGCGGAGGUGGUGGUGGAUAAGGAUUCGAGUCGAACCGAGGCGAAGGAAGAGUCGGAGUACAGUGACAGUGACGAUGACGAUUUGAAUAUAGUGCUGAAAGAAGACGAUUCGGUUGCUUGUGGAUCGAACGCCAGCAAUCAGAGACGGAGUGUUGGAAGCUGGUGCACAAUGCCUAAUAGUGGGAUGGUUAAUGGAGGCAUGAGAAUGGAAGCUACGAAUCCGUCUCUAGUAAUGCCUCAGUGUGGGUAUAAUAAUUUCUCACAUACUUGGUCAAGGACAACUUUUGAUGCAUAUUUCAAUGUGUUUGGGAAGAAGCCGUGGAGGAAUCCUGAUGUGGAUGUCAAUGACUACUUUAAUUUUGGGUUUAAUGAGCAAAGCUGGAAAGAUUAUUGUAACCCUGGGGUAAAAGGAAGAGCAAUUGAGGUUGAAGGUGGAACUCUUGAACGCACACCAUCUGUGGAUUUGCGUAUUCCACGUGAAUUAGACCCUGACGUGGUGAUACAGGUCCCGGUGACUGCUGAUGUUGAGGAGCUAUCAAGCAUGACACCUGUGGAAGCAAGGUCUCUCAGCAAACCAUCAAAUGGAGCAUCUAGAAAUGAGGAGUCUCAUUCAGAUAUCGGAGAAGAUUUUCAUUCGUCUGGUGAUUCGAUGAAAGAGGCAGUUUCUGUUGGGUGUGAAGACGAAAACAGUGGAAGCUUCAGAGGCGAGCAAUCUCCUCCCAAAGAGAAUCGCUGCAGCAGGGAAGUAACACCUUGUGAUAAGGAGAUUAUUGAGGAGGAGAAAGAAGAGACUUGUUGGAGUUCAGAUAAGGCGGAUUCAUCCUCAGUGGAAAGGGAAUCAUCUCAUAGAGAUCGCUUUCGUUUUAGCCCUACCUCUUCAUAUUCUGUUGGUAAAACUGAGGAAUCGGAAGAUUCUGGAACAGAGUCAUCAAAAGGCGGUGGUGCUACUGAUGACCAACGUGAAGCCAGUACCCCACCACGACGAACUAGAUUUGCGGAACAUGAAGCAAACAGUACCAAAAGCGUGGAAAGGAGUGAUACAGAGCAUUCUAGACACAGAAGAUCCUACGAAGACCCAAGCAAAAGAUACUGUCGGAGAAUUGACUAUGGUGCACGUAGGAGAACAAAACAUGCAAAUGCAUCGCCUAGACCAGAUCCAGAUCUUGGCAAAAAAGUGUGUUCUGGACAUGGAAGAUCAUAUCGUGAUUCGAGCAAAAACUGGCAGAAGAGACCACAUUUUGCUUUGGGAAAGGUCGGUACUGAAGGUAGAGGCUUUCCGCACUCAGAUAGAGGAAAACGUCAUGGUCGUUCAUAUUCACCUGUGGAUCUUGAUCGAGAUAGAGGGCAAAGGUUAUGUUGGCGCAACAACAAAGAACCAUCUCAUGGCCGAGGCUUUGAUCCUUCUAAUGGUUACAAGUAUGAAGCGGGUCUUAAAGAGUAUACCUCACGUUCAUCCUUCAAUCUUGACCAGAGAAAUUCUCGAUUAAGUUUUAACAAAGAGGAGGAUAGAUAUGGUAGGCAACAUUGUGAAAGAAGAUAUGGCCGUGAAAGAAGUCCUGCCCUAGCCUAUGAAAGCAACAAAGAGGAUAGAUACGGUAGGCAACACUGUGAAAGAAACUAUGGCCGUGAAAGAAGCCCUGGCCUAGCCUAUGAACGCAACAAAGAAAGAAGACGAUAUGAUGGGGUAGGAGAACCUUAUUAUCAGGACCGUAUUCCAAUACCUAAUAUGGAAAAUAGGUACCAGUUUGAGUACUGUUCUAUAAAUGGAAGACAUAACCCCAAUCAGAGUCGCGAGGAUGAACCUUAUUAUGGAAGGAGGUGUGACUACGAUUAUGAUUUCCCUCGUGGUAGAUAUGAAGAUGAAGUUCAGAGGACAGAAAGUGGAAUUCCAUUCGAGCUGGCUCACAGGGAGAUGCAUUCUUUUGCUGAAGUGGGAAGGAGAGAAUUUGAAAGAUAUGAAGAGGAUUUCACUGAAAUAGAUAGAAGACACCAUUACACACUUGGUUGGCAUAAUGAUAGGUUUGUCUCAGAUAACGAUGGUCAUAAUAAGUACAGAGUCCAAGGUGCUUGGCCUACGCCGUCUUUACCAUUCAGAGAUUCUUGGCAGACAAAAGGAUCGAGAGGUGAUUCUUGGAGAGAUGAGACCAGAGACUUCACAAAAAGGGAAGCAAAUGACAGGCAGAACAAUCUGUUGUAUAAGGAUGCACCAAGAGAUGGUUGGACACGGAAUCUUGUUCGUGGCGAUAAUGUGAGCAUACAAGACAGACUAAGGUAUGAUGAUGAUGAUGAUGAUGAUGAUGAUGAUUGGGUUCGUCGUGAUAAAAGGAGGUAUCAGUUGGGAGAUUCAGUGAGAGAAAUUGCUCAUUCUGCGCAUCCUUCAUAUACUGAUGAGAAGUUAGUCACCAACAUAGGAGUGUCAGCACAUGAUCGAAUCUCCAUCAAACAAAGACGUGGAUAUUUUAUGAGCCAUGUUCAUGAAACUGUUGAAAGACAUCAAAGAUCGAAAAAGCUGAGAAGAGAUGGGAAUGCUUUCAUCAAGUGUCAGGAUCCAAUUGACUCAACUGGUAGACAAGGGAAGCUCUCUAACCAAUCAAGAAUAAGAUUCUCCAACGGCAGAGAUACAACAGAACAGCAAGACCAUCAGAAACCAAGAAAUGUAAUGGGCAAAGGAAACGAGAAAGCUGUUGUGAAGAUUAAAGGUUUGAUUGAGAAAGAGGAAGGUGAGAUCAUUCAAGAAGAAGAGAGGAACGUGACAGGGACUGGAAUAGACGAGGAACGUAUACAAGAGAGCAUUAAGAAGAUGGAGAGACGAAGAGAGAGGUUCAAGGAACCCGAAUUGGUAGCAGCCAAACUUCAUUUUCAAACCGAGCAGGAAGCCAAAACCGAUGUUACCAAUCAAGUGAGACCGGUUAGGAAGAGGCGAUGGUGUGCAAGCUAGCUAGCAAAAUAUCAAAUUGGUUUUUGGCUAUUCGAAGUUAAAUACAAAUACGGUGUAUCAAAUGGUUGGAUUUAGAUUUGAAGGUUAUUUUGAA